GACGGGUGCGAACGGUCUGUUGUCGUGUGACUGUAGGCGAGUACCGUUGUCGCGUUGGUUCGUGUCCGUGUGUGGGAAAAACAAAAAUUUGAAUAAAAAAAAAUUUCCGGACGAGUUUUGUUUUCGUAUCUUUGCGUUUACAAUAGUGUCCGUUGUGAAUUUUACAUUCGAACGACCAACGACCACGGAACGCAAAUCGGAGAGGUUUAACUGUGGGAUUAAUGCACCGCGAACCACCGAAAGUUAUCGUUUAGUGGACUUGACCCGAGAUCAUCAGGCGAUCAGAGUGAAUCCAGACGAGGUGAACUAUAUUACGAAUCAUGAGCACAAGAUUCCAUAAAGCGGCUCAAGACGGUUUCAUAAGCCUGCUGAAAGAGGCGACUAAAAGAGAUUGUAAUGCCAAAGACGAUGACGGGAUGACGCCGACGCUUUGGGCAGCUUACAAAGGACACCUCGAAGCGCUGAGAAUACUCGUCGGCAGAGGGGGUGAUCCAGAGAAAUGCAAUUACCAUCUUGGACAAAAUGCAUUACAUCUGGCCGCGUCUAGAGGCCAUUUGAGUUGUGUGACCUUUCUAGUCGGUUUUGAUGUCAACUUGUGGGCUUUAGACUUGGACUUUCUCACAGCAAUGCAGUUAGCAGCCAUACACGGUAAAUCGCAGGUACUCCAAUACCUGGAUAAAGCGGCCGCAUCUCAAAUAAUGCAGAACAAGAAAAAAGUUGAAUCUAAGAAAGAAAAAGCUCAGAAAGACGCAGAACGUAACCAAAAAAAGUAUGAAGAUCGGACGAAAAAAGAAAGAGAAAAAGAGAAAAAGCAAAUAAGAAGGGUGGAAAAAGAAUACUUAGGUGGUAACAAAGCAGAUUCGGAAACUGCUAUACCUACGGUCAGAUCAAUUCCUUUAUCUUUGCGUAAGUCGUCAUCGGACCUUUCCUGUAAGUCGUUUACAGAGAUCGUCGGAUCCGGUACCGUGAAAAAACCGUUUGUUAGCUCGGGCGGUGUGAAAAAGAUAUUGGACAGAAAACUGAAGGCGGUAGCGGCAUCGGUGGAUGCACACAACAAAACCAACAAAUCAACGUUCAGAUUGAUAAAAGAGGUCGAGGAUAGCACGAGCGUACGAACCAUAACGUCCAAUGGAGAUUCGCAAAUUAUCUAUGUCAAUUCAUACGAGAACGAGAACGGAGGGAAAAGAGGCAGGAUUUCGGAUGUCUUCGAGUUACAUCGCACCAAUUCGCAACCGAACUUUAUCAUGGAUCUACAACAGAACGACGACGCCAAUAAAGUACACUGGCACGACCAAGGUAGCAUGUUUGAUCGACCGGGUUUUGGAAGCGUCGCAUUCAGACAAAACGUGACUACAAUUCCAGUACCAGAUGUGUCUAGAGCGACUAUUGAAGACGAGGCGUGCAGUAUCGGUAGCGCUGGAAGUCUGGUGAAGCGGAACCAACCGAGCAACACUAUGUCCUGGGACGAAUUCCAAAACAGCGACGAGGAAAACAUCGCGCUGAACGGGCGCAGUACAAAGUGGUCGGCUGUACACAAGUUCCUGGUGUCGGCGGGCGUCGGCGAAUAUGUCAAUAAAUUCGUUGAGCAGCGAGUGGACCUAGAUGCGUUGUUCAUGCUCGACGACCGAGAUUUGGUCUCGCUCGGUCUGCCGUUGGGUCCUAGGAAGAAGCUGCUCGGCGCCAUCGAAGAACGGGUGAGGAGACACUGUACUCACGAAAACGUUGGCGUCAGCACAAACGGGGUGGACGUGAUGAGUCCUGCAAAAUCACUGAACGAGUGUUAAAUAAUUUUAUAUAUGAAAAAAAAAAUCCAUAAUACUGUAUCCCGGUUAUUCGUUAGGUUAUAUAGGUACCUGUACAUUGUACAAUGUGCAAGGCUGUGAUUUUAACGCACUAACAAAAUGUUUGCGACAUGCGUUAAAAAAAUGAUAUAAAUUCGUUUUUAAUAUAAAAAAUAUAAUUUUUUUUUUUUAAAUAACCACGCGUAUUUGUCAAGAAUUUGCGCUGUUAUUCUCAUUUAUACAUAAAUCAUAAUUCAAGAACUGUAAUUUUGUGGUU